AUGAUUAUCACAAACAUUGAAGAUUCAGUAUCACUUGUUAAGAGGUAUUACACUACCUAUAACAAUUACAAUCGUAGCAAUUGGUACAGAAGACGUUGGUUAUUAUGGUUGUUGUUAAUUAUCCCAUUCCUUUUUAUUAUCAUAAUGUUUUUCCUUAGAAGAAGAAAGAGAAGUAAGGUGGUGUAUAAUACAGCAUAUGAACAACCACAACCACCGCCACAACAACCUAGUGGUACAUAUUAUAACCAGGGUAAUAAUCAAUACCAAGGGGGAUAUUAUGGCAAUAAUGAUUUGCCUCCUCAACAGACACCGGGCUAUGUUCCACCUCCUUACCCAGAAACUUCCCAACCUUCAUAUGGUGGAUACAAUGCUCAACAACAGGAUUCUGGAACAUAUGAGCAAUAUUCCAGACCAGAUGGCCCUCCUCCUGCUCAUACCAAAAACUAUUAG